AUGACUUCAGACGAGGCCGACGGCCCGCCAGACAUCAUGAGAAAUACGCCGGCCUUGGCAGCAGCCAAGGCACAGCUUCGCUCUAUGAUGAAACAGAAACUCGCGGGCCUCUCUAGUGAGGAAAUCUCGAGUCAAAGCACUACAGUCUACAAGACAUUACUGAGGUUCAAACCAUACCUCGAGGCUCAGCGUGUGAGCGUCUUUCUGUCCAUGCCGGCCGCAGAGAUACAGACAGACGCAAUAGUGCGCCACGCCCUGCAGUCGGGCAAACAGGUCUAUGUACCAUAUCUCCACAAAGCCCCUCCGCACAGCCCUGACACGCCGUCGCGGGUCAUGGACAUGGUGCUCCUGAAGGACCUCGUGGAUUAUGAGUCUCUGAAAAGGGACCGCUGGGGCAUCCCCAGCAUCGACCCGGCGACCGUGGACCGCCGGCAACGCAUCCUGGGAGGGCCAGACGCCCAGCAUUCGGAAAAGUCCAUCCUGGACCUCAUCCUGAUGCCCGGGGUAGCCUUUGACAUCGAGCCAGGCACCGGGCUCAUCAGGCGAUGUGGCCAUGGAAGAGGCUUUUACGACUAUUUUAUCGAGCGGUACAUGUUCAAGAUUGCAGCCUUGGAGCCCGAAGAGGCUCCUCCGGUCAAGCUAUACGGCCUUGCUCUCGCUGAACAACUGCUCGACCCAGCCUCUGGCUAUUCCAUUCCUGUCAACGCUCUUGACCAGGCCCUGGACGGACUAGUCUUGGGAAAUGUUGACUGGAAUAAAACAAUGACUAUUGUUCAGGCAGCACACAUGCUCUCUACCAAUGGGUCACCAGCAGCAGUCUGGCGGAAAGGGGAAAAGCCACCCGCGAUUUACACCGCACCAGGACCUGAGGAAACCCUGUUCGUUGUUACCGCGUUACUCCCCCAGCUUCACUUCACCACUAGACGUUUUAUUUUCUUUACUUGGCUGUGUCUGUCGAUCCCGCCAAACCUCAAACUUCCUUCUCCACAGACUGCCCAGGACUCGCCACCUGACCCUGCCGCUUUCCUCUUGAUAAAAUACCGACGUCCCGAUAUUCAUUGUCGCCGAGGGACAGACGAGGCGCCGGCCGAUACCGCGGGUUUACCCCUCGUCAUAUGUCUUCAUAGGUUGCGACCUCUACCCAUCAGGCCUCGCGAGACCUCGCACCUCUCCCUCUCUGGACUCGAGCGACCUGCAUACUCGUUUGGCCUACUCGCCAUGGCUACAAACGGGUCCCAGGAGGGUUUCACGCCUCAGAACAUCCUGACGGCCAUGAUCACGAUGCGGGGAGGCGAUGCCAGCAAGAAAAAGGCUGCCAUGGACUUUUUGGGCAAGUUUCAGAAAUCGAAUGAUGCCUGGACUGUCACGAUAUCGAUCCUGCAGUCUUCUGCGGAAGCCGAUGUCGCGCUUUUCGCUGCGACGACCCUCAAGGGCAAGAUCACCUUUGACUUGACCACCCAGAUCUCGGAGAACGACCUUCCCGCUCUCAGAAGCCAAAUACUUGUCCUCCUCAAGAAGUACGCACCAGGUCCCAAGCCGGUCCGUGUCCAGCUAUGCGUGUGCCUUGCGAUACUUGCGAUCCAGAUGCGAUCAUGGAAGGAUGUCCUGCCGACUGUGGUGUCCUCGCUCGGUAACGACGUCGAGAGCCAUGCAUGCAUUCUCGACUUUCUACGAGUACUUCCCGAAGAAGUGACUGAGGGACGAAAAAUCACCUUGACUGAAGAAGAGCUAGCCCAACGAACAACAGAGCUCCUGGCCGACAACGCUGAGCAGGUCGUUCAGCUCCUUAUCCAAUACGCUCAAUCUUCACCUUCUGCGGCGCAAAACCCCCAACUGAUGGAGUGCAUCACGUCAUGGCUGCGCGAAGUCCCCGUGAGCACCAUUGUCGGCUCGCCUCUCCUCAACAUAGUGAUCAACGCCAUCGGGAACGACUCUUCUUUGCAGGCAGCGGCGGAGUGCCUGGGCGCCAUUUGCAGGGAGACCCGGGAUGUCGACGAUAACCUCGAAACGAUUCAAGUGCUGCUGCCCCGGAUCAUCGAAUUGAGACCUCAUAUUCAAAAGGCUGUCGAGGAGGAGGACACUGAGGCGUUCAAGGCUUUCACCAGGCUGUUUGCAGAUGCUGGCGAUUCUUGGGUUGUCAUCAUCGCGCGGGAGCCUCAACACUUCAGGCCCUUGGUAGACGCGCUGUUGGAGUGCGCAGCCAGGGAUAGUGACCGGGACGUCAUCGAGUACACGUUUGGGUUCUGGUACGAACUGAAGCAGUAUCUGGUGUUGGACCGGUAUAUCCAGGCGCGAUUGGAGCUCAAUGAUGUGUACUCGAAACUGGUCGACAUCCUUCUUAGUCACCUCCAGUAUCCCAAAUCAGAGAGCGGCAACGAGCUUGAUCUUUUCGACGGUGACCGCGAACAGGAGGAGAAAUUCCGCGAGUUCCGUCAUCACAUGGGCGACACCUUGAAAGACUCGUGCGAAGUCAUGGGCGUUACAGAAUGCUUGACCAAGGUGCUCGAGGCUAUCAAGGUCUGGAUGCAGAAGUACGGCGGCCAGGCGACUGCAACAUCUGUGCCUCACUGGCAAGAGCUCGAGGCCCCCUUGUUUGCUAUGCGUGCAAUGGGCCGCAUGGUUGAGAAGGAAGAGAGCAUCGUCCUGCCCCAGCUCAUGCCCCUGCUCGUCCAGAUCCCUUCUCACGAGAAGCUCAGGUUUGCCGCGAUCAUGGUCUUUGGUCGGUACACUGAGUGGACCUCGGCGCAUCCAGAGUUCCUGCAGCCACAGUUCACUUAUAUCGUGUCCUCCUUUGAGACCGACUCCAAGGAAAUUAUUCGGGCCGCUGCUCAAGCCAUCAAGUUUUUCUGCACAGACUGCAAGCAGCUCUUGAGCGAGCAGGUCCUUCAAUUGCAGACGUUCUACGAUCAGGUGCUGGACAAGCUUCCAGAGCUGAGCCAGGAGGAAAUGACUGAAGGCGUCGCCAACGUCGUCGCCGCGCAGAAGACCGAGGACACCUACAAGCUGCUCAAGCUGUACUGCGACCCGCUCAUCGCAAGGCUCAUGGACAAGGCCAACAAGGCAAGCGACGAUGAGGGUAAAUUGGCCGUAGCCGAUCACAUACAGCUUAUCACCACCUUCGUCCAGAUUGUGGUGCCCUAUGUCUCGAAGAAUGAGGACAAUCCGGCCGUCAAGUACUGGCAGGAGGUGUUCCCCAUUCUUUCCACUGUUCUCGAGAACUUCAUCACCUUUACUCCGAUCUGCGAGAGGGUUUGCAGGUGCUGGCGCUUCAUGGUCAUCUCUUAUAGGACGGCCAUGACUCCUUUCCUCGCCGACAUGGCCAACAAAUUAGCGCACGGAUUCGCUGUGUCCAAGCAGGGCUGCUUCCUGUGGGUGACGGGUGCUAUCCUCCGGGAAUUUUCCGAGGAUCGCGAACAUGUCGAUGAUCACAUCACCGAUUCGAUCUACGUCUUCUUCGAGUCGCAGGCAACCAAUGUCCUGCGGGUGAUGAGCGACCUCCCCCCCGCCGAGCUUCCCGAUGUUAUCGAGGACUUCUUCCGUCUGCUUGUGGAUGCUCUCCUAUACUUCCCCCAGAGAUUGAUCCCAUCUGCGCUCUUGUCGCCCUUGCUGCAAGCAGCAAUCUCGGCUCUAGCCUUGGAGCAGCGGGAGCCGCUCUCUGCAGUCUUGCACUACCUGCGCGACCUCCUGACCUAUGGAGGACCCAACCCUGCGCAGUCUUGGUACUACUCGAGCGAGCUGGCUCCACAGAUGCAGCAGAUCGUCAAACAGCUCCUGCUCGCCCAGGGCGGAGCCCUUGUCAAGCAAGUGAUGGCCGGGAUGAUGAUUACAUUCCCGCGGGACUGCUUCGCGGACGGUAGUGGUGUUCUGCUAGGCAUGUUUGAGCUUCUGCCUACCCAGACUACGGAGUGGGUGGGCCAAACUAUUCAGAUGCUUCCUGCAGGAACUAUCACUGCCGAUGAAGCAAAUCGGCUCAUGACGAAGAUUAAGGAGCGCUUGUCUGGCCAGGAUAUGAGCAACCUGAGGCAGGUUCGAGUGCUCCUACAGGAUUUCACGAACACUUAUCGGAGACGAUACGUCGCUCCGAGAGAUGGACUCGGCCAGCUCGAGGCCCGACGAUUCCACUUUGAAGGCUAG